GAAACAAAAAGAGAUACAUCAUCAGGAGAGGACUCUUGUUUCCAUGUAAAAUGUGGCGAAUGUCCAAGGAACGGCAGGAUGACACUGGAAAAGUGUAAAAAGUGACAACAUUUUGGGGCAGAUAGGGGGCUCAGUGGAGGGAGAACAAGGCCUUGAGAAGGGAAGUCCUAGGCUCAAAGCUGUCUUCAGACAGAUCCUAGUUGUGUGACCCGGGGCAAGUCAUUUCAUCCCUGUUGCCCAUCUCUUACUGAUCUUCUACUUGAAACCAAUAUAUUAGAACUAAUGAUAUUGAUUCUAAGACAAAAGGUAAGGGUUUAAAAAACAAAAAAGAUGACAGCAUGUGAGACCAGGGCAGAAGAUAGACAGUUUUCAGCACAGAUGGAUGGUCAAAAUCUAAGUGUGGAAGACAAACCUGACCUAGGGACAAGUGGGGUGAAAUAAAAAGAGAACCUUUUGCCGUCUUUCUACCAAUUCUGAAACUCAAAUAUUUCCCUUAUUUUCCAAAUUUCUCCUGACCCCAUCUACUCAUUCGGAAACUAAAAAUGCUUUGCCUCAGUUUAAAAGGAGAUACAGCUUGACUUUCCAUUCACACAGAAUAGGAUGCAAGGUAGCUCUAUGCUCCUUUUCCCCUUCUAAAACUGAUCCAUUUCUUUGUGGCACCCUGAUCUCUUCACAAGACGCAAGAACACGAGAGGCCCUUCCCAUAGAAAACAGAGGUGAGACCAAGCUAGAAGAAAAAAACACCUGGCAGGAAGAUCUUGAACAGUAACCAAACCUCCAUAUGAAGUCCAUAAAGGUCAUCUCCAUCGUAACUGUCCUGAUCUUUCAGCUAAUUACAUCUGGAGAAGCAGCUGAAUUGCCAAAAUAUGUCAUUAGCCUUGAAAGCAAUGCUUUUGGUGACCAGUAUGUGGGCUGUGAGGAGAACAUGGAGACAAAGGCAAAAGAGCUCUUAGCUCAAGAAAGGGCAAUGAAUUCAAAUUUUAGCAAAGUGUGGGAAAAAGCAGAAAUCAAAUGGGAAAAACUGUCUCCUGACAAGAAGAGAAUGGAGAAGCUAUAUGAAGUUGCUGUCAUUGCCUACACAAUGGAAGAACCUAAGAUUUAUCCAACUUUUAAUCGAGCAGUGAGAGAAUGCUGUGGGUCCCUGGAGGCUUAUAUGAAAGACUUCCAUUUUAAAGCUUUUCAUUUCUAUCUGACCAGAGCUGUGAAAAUCCUGAGAAAACCAGGAUUCUGCCAAAAGGUUUACCGGGGCAUCUCUGUGAAACAGUUACCUGAUGGCUCAGGAGAGAUGCGCUUUGGUCAAUUUGCUUCAACUUCUCUAAAACAAGGAGUGGCCUUAAUAUUCACAGACCACGGAACAGGGACCUUCUAUGAUAUUUAUACCUGCCAAGGAGCUCUUAUUCAACAUUUAUCAGUCUAUCCAGAGGAAAAAGAAGUGCUGAUCCCCCCAUAUGAGUUGUUCGAUGUGGCAAGUUUCUCAGAGUCUGAAGGCUUACAAAAUGUCAUGCUAAAAAGCAAAAGAACAUUUAGCAAGUUUAAUUGUGCCUACCUACAAGAUUCUGGUAAAAUGACAAAAGACCCUGGACUGAUGACAACCAUCUUAUUCUCCGGAAUCCUCAUCUUGUUCUUCCAAGAUCAUUCCCAGAUCUUGUCAUGGUCUUGACCAGCGUGGAGAUUCAUGUUGAUGGUGGUGUGCCUAUGUUUACCAGCUGGCUUUCCCCACUAAAAUAGAAUGUGCCCAUGACACACUUUUAAAUAUAAUCUGAAUUAUUAAUAUUUUCCAUCACUUUAUUAAGUUUCUACUAUAAAAAAACAAAUGAUAAAGUAUUUGCCAAUUUCUAAGCUAUAAAUAUUCACAGUUAAAAUUUAACACUCAGCUUUCUUGGCCAAGUUGGAGCUACCUCUAGAACACUUCUCCUCAUAGUUCUCUCUUGGUACCAAGAAUUAAAGCAAUGUUUGACUAUCUAUAGCCCAAAUAGGGCAUGUUGGGGAGGAUGAUUUGAGUUUAUUCUUAUUUUUCCCCUCAAUAAUCCAUAGAAAGUAUUAACAUGAAAAUGUUUAAAAUGCUUCAUUUAAUGCUAAAUUGUGAAAUUAUCCAGUUGGAAAAAAAUAGAUAGUGAUUUCUCACCACGA